AUGUCGCGGAGGAAACAACCCAAACCACAGCAGGUCCAGGAUUUAUCUUUCAACGGACGCGCUGACGAGACGUGUCUCAGCUCAGCAUCUGCUCCUGCGGUGCGUGGCAGUGCUCGUGUCUGCAGCCGAUGCUGCGCUGAGUUUAACGUGCUAUCAGACCUGGAACAACACCAGAGGGAUUGCUCUCCAAGUCCUCUGGUUCUGAUUCUGAAUGAGGAUGACGAGCUGCUGUCCAGCAGCAAAACCUUCCCUGCAGCCUCACCAGCAGCCAGCCCAGCAGGGGGGCCGGGUGAAACACUCAGUAACUCUGAGAUGGAAAACAGCAACACCGCAUCGCAGGACAGGUCCAGCAAAGGAGCAGGGCUCAGAGAAAGCCAAGGAAGCACCAGCAGUAAGCACGGCAUCAGUACUGAAUGUGACACUGUCCUCCCACAAUCCUUACCUCACCCUGGCUGCCCAGCUGCCCAAGAAGGACACUCGUGGAUGAAGAUCAUUAUUAAAAACCUUGAGAGCACCAAAGUGGCCAUGGCUCAGUAUUCCCAGCUGGCGCACUCAGACGACUGCCGCAGAAAGACCGCCAUCUGGUCUGUGUUGCAACAGCUCUUCACCCUGCAAAUACAGCAAAUCCACCAGCUGCAGCUCAUUGAUCAGAUCCAUCACCAGGUUCUAUUGUUUGCUUCUCAUCAAGCCGGGAUACCAGAGACCCUGGGGAUCUGCACCAAGGACUUCUCUUCUUCAGAAUCCACCAAUCAGCUCAAGGCUCUCAGCACUCAUUUGUCUCAGCAGCUCGCUGCAGCUGCCGGGAUAGCCAGAUGCUUAUCAGCUCAGUCUGCUAACAUAAGUGACUUCAAGCAUUUUACGGCCACAGAGCAGCUAAAUCAAAGUCAACCUGACAGCAGAAAUGGGCUGUCAAGCUCAGAGGCCUCACAAACGUUUAGUAAGCUCAUGACAACAGCAGUUGGUGGACAUGUUUCCAAAAAACAACACAUGGAAUGUGGUUCUUCUAACUCCCAACUGAAUUUCUUGACCAAAACCAAGAUGUCCUCUUUGAUUUUUAACAAUAACGGCUUCAUCGGUCAGACUUCUGAAAACUCCCACGUACUUCGACCUUCAUCUCACAGCGAGCACACAGCGUCAAAUUCCAUACCAAACAUCAGUGCGAUUGUGGAGGAUCUGGAUGCCCUGGCAGCCUUGGCCCAACAGAGGAAAUGCAAGAAUCUGAAGCCUUAUGCUCCCACGGCGUCUUCAGAAGAGUCUCUCUUCAAACGCAGAUGCAGAUUUUGCAGCAAAGUGUUUGGGAGUGACAGCGCUUUGCAAAUUCAUCUGCGAUCACACACCGGUGAAAGGCCCUACAAGUGCAACGUCUGUGGAAACAGGUUCUCCACCCAGGGGAACUUAAAGGUUCAUUUUCAGAGGCACAAAGAGAGAUACCCACACGCCCAAAUGAACCCUUAUCUGUGCCUGGACAAUGCAGAGAUUCCUUUUCGGAUGUCCUUGUCACCAGAGAAAGCAGUAGCAAGAUGGCUAGAUAGGUCACCAUCUUCAUCUUCAAUGACCUCUGGUUCCCUGGAACAGUUUGACUCAACCAGACUGUCAUCUCUCAUCAAGAAAGAGGACGGCCUUAUGUUAGCACACAAUCCCCUUGCUCACCGUGAUCCUUCCUUUGAUUCAGCAGCAAACAUGACCUUUAGAUUUAAAGAAAACCCUAAAAAGGACUCGGACUCAGUCGAGACCAGGCAACAAAGAACGAGUCUUAAAAGUGAAGAUGUAAAACCAUCUUUUAACUUUGUCUCAAUGACCACAAAGUCAGAGGAAUCCGCUGAUGUCAUACCCCAUCCCAAUUCUACCUCAUUUUCAGGAUUCUUCUCAUUACAGCGCUCUGACAACCCCACACUCCGGCUGCCAUCAGACACCAAUAGAGUGUCAGACCCAAACGAGUGUGUCAUCUGCCACCGCAUACUCAGUUGUCAGAGUGCCCUGAGGAUGCAUUAUCGGACACAUACAGGGGAGCGCCCAUACCCGUGUAAACUGUGUGGCCGAGCUUUCACUACCAAAGGAAACCUGAAGACACACCAAACUGUUCACCGGGCCACAGUCCCGUUGAGUGUCCAGCACUCGUGCCCCAUCUGCCAAAGGAAGUUCAUGAAUGUUGGCGUCUUGCAGCAACAUGUAAGGUGCGUACACCACAUGCACAUGGAAGGUCACUUACCCAAUGCAGACUGUACGAAUCAGAAAUACUCAGUGGAUUGUAAUGAAGGAUUUGGCGACAACACAACAUUGAAUCAUAGGAAGAACUUUUUGAAUGACAACAAUGGAAGCAUUUGUGUCAACCAACUGUCUAGAUUCAAAUCCCUAUCCAUCCAUUUGUCCCCUUGUCCGUUUGGUAAACAUUUAAUUGACGCUAACAAGAUGACAAGUUACAACGGGCCAUUUGGGGAGCUGCAGCAUAAAUGGAUCAAAACGGAGCGGCCAGAUGGAUCAAACGAGGAAUGUCGUCAAACAAACAUCCAAUCUGCUGGUCAGUGGACUAACACAUUCCCCAUGCCUGACAGUUCAGCUCUCAAUCAGUCUCUGUCCGCUAGUGGCCAAGAUUCAAUGUACAAUAAAACUGUGAGUCUGGACAAACCAUUACAGGCGAGGCUCAACGCAACCACAUUAACGCUCUGUGCAUCUGCUACAUCACCCACUGAGCUACCAGUAUUUAACCAUGCCGAGGAUUCUCUGAGCCUGAUUCCCAAUCUCAGAGAAAAGGCGGUUAUAAAGAACACUUACUGCGAUAUAUGCGGGAAGAAUUUUGCCUGUCAAAGUGCCUUGGAUAUCCACUACAGAAGCCAUACCAAGGAGAGACCAUUUAUCUGCACAACAUGCAAGAGGGGCUUUUCCACUAAGGGGAAUCUCAAGCAGCACAUGCUUACACAUCAAAUGAGGGACUUCCCGCUACAUCUCUUUGAACCCUCCUAUCCUAACGAAGCACCUAACCAUGAUGGCUCCCUGUUGUCCAAUGUAAACUCAGAGAUGACCGCUUUACUGAACUCCUCUUUUAGGGGUGGCAAGGAUCUUUAUGGUCCUUCAGAGAUCCUCUCCGUUUCUGAGGUGCCUGAAGGUGCUGCAGCACCACCUCGCCGGACGCCCAAAUACCACCACUGCAAGACUUGUGGGAAGAGCUUCUCCUCCUCCAGUGCUCUGCAGAUCCAUGAGAGGACUCACACCGGGGAAAGGCCCUUUGCCUGCGCUGUCUGCGGACGGGCUUUCACUACCAAAGGAAACCUAAAGGUUCACAUGGGAACUCACAUGUGGAACAGCGCCCCCAGUAGGAGAGGCCGCAGACUGUCUGUGGACAGAUCAUCGCUGGGAUCCGGGACUCGUCCUGUUAAACUUCCUGAACCGCCACAGAAGAAUCUGGCCAUGGUUUCCAACGCCAGAGAGUCUGUUCACAGCUGGAACCAGAGUCCAGAGCUUUUCCAAGCAGGUGUGAAGAUGAAUGAUGUUUGUGUGACUCAGAGUGGACAGGUAGGACUGAGGGAGAAGGUUUGUCUGUGGAACCUUCACCUUACAGACCACAAUGACCCUUCUGCACUUUAAAAAGACACUCGCUGCUGAUUCACUGAUACCAUGUUACUGGUUUCUUACAGUUUUGCUGUUUGAAUGCACAGCUGACGUACAUGUACCAUAUCUCAAUAAAGAUGUUAU